AUGUCUGCUGCAGACACAGACACUCCUCCCCACAAUGCUGGGCUGCUGAAGCUACAGCAGCAGCAGCAGCAGGGGCAGGAGUCUGCAGCUGAUAAGUGCAGCUCGCAGCAGCAGCAGCAGCAGCAGCAGCCGAAGGCAAUGAGCAGCAGCAGCGCUCCUAGCCCAGAUUGCAAGCAGCAGCAGCAGCAGGGCAACGGCCGCUCUACGUUGAGGGCGGAUGCCUCUGAAUUUAGACCCCUGCCUAAGCCUACGACCCCACAGCAGCAGCAGCAGCAGCAGGCGGGUGCAGCAAACAGCAUCUCCAACGAGAACAGCAGCAGCACCAACAACAGCAACAGCAGCAGCAGCAACAGCAGCAGCAGCAGCAGCAGCGGGAAAGCCUACCAGUUCAACCGCAAUGCACAGGAGUUUGUGCCUGGUAGGCCGUAUGUGUUGCCAGGUACAGCAGCAGCAGCAGCAACCCCUGUAGCAGCAGCACCAACAGCAGCAGGGUAUGCAUGCGCAGUGCAGCAGCACCCUGCUGCUUACUAUGGAGCAGCAGCAGCACGUACACCGCAUAUGCAGCAGGGCUACUCCAACUAUGGAUACGCACCUGUGUAUGCGUCACCGCAGCAGCAGCAGCAGCGCCACGUGAAGCAGCCAAGGCAGCAGCAUCAGCAGCAGCAGCAGCAGAGAGGAGGACCGUCAGGUGUACAUACAACACGUCGGUGGGGGCCGCAGCCAACACCAGGCUCUCCAGCUGCUUCUCGUACACCGCAGCAGCAACAACAGCAGCAGCCUUCACAGACAGUGCAGCAGCAGCAGCAGAAGCUGCCUCCUCCUCCCCCUCGAACUGGUGGGCUUGUUGCAGAGCAGCAGCAGCAGCAGUUGCUGCCAGGUGGCAGCUUCAGAGACAAACUUCUUAAGGGUGCAGCAGGAAAGAAGCCUAGCACCCCAGCGCAGCAGCAGCAGCAGCAGCAGCAACAGCAGCAGAAGGCAAAGGAGGCACCAAGAUCCAAGUCUCCACAGCCGGCGCAUCACCAGCAGCAGCAGCAGCAGCGGCAGCAGCAGGAGAGCCCUGUUGAUGGCCCACGUGCUACCAAUGGCUGCGUGCAGCCGCAGCAGCAGGAGCAGCAGGUGCAGUCACCUGCUGCUGCUGCAGCAGCAGCAGCACCAAAACCAGCAGCAGAGACACCAAAGCAGAGCACAUGGAGCGAUAGAGUUCGUGCUGCCAGCCCGCAACUGCAGCAGCAGCAGCAGCAGCAAUCCCCAGCAGCAGCAGCAGAUGCUUCCUUGAGACAAGAGGAGCUGAAAGCUCGGCAGCAGAAACUCGGCUCUCCUGCUGCUCCUGCAGCAGCAGCAGCAGCAACAGAAGGCUCGAGGUCUGCAGCAGCAACACCCGACUUCGGGGUUACCACCAGGAGCCCCAAGGAACAGGAAACAGCAGCAGCAGCAGUAGCUCCUGCCGCAGCAGCUCCAGCAGCAGCAGCAGCAUCUCCUGCAGCGCCAGCACUUCCAUCCCCGAGGUCCUAUUCAGCUGCUGCUGCUGCAGCAUCUGCAGCAGCAACUGCUUCAUCGCCGAGGCCCUCUGCAGCAGCAGCAGCAGCUCCUUCAUCGCCAAGGCCUUCUGCAGCAGCAUCAGCAUCUCCUGCAUCUCCAAGGCCCUCUGCAGCAGCAGCAGCAACUCCUUCAUCGCCGAGGCCCUCUGCAGCAGCAGCAGCGACUCCAUCGUCGCCUAGGCCCUCUUCUGCAGCAGCAGCAGCAGCAGCACCUGCAACAGCAGCAACAACACCUGCUGCUGCUGCAGUACCAGCAGCAGCUGCAGCCGCACCGGAAGCAGCAGCAGCAAAGCCGCAACAUGCGACUGCAACACAGCAGCAACAACGGCCGGUCUCAGCAGCAGCGGAGAGCAGCAGCAGCAGCAGCAGCAGCAGCAGCGGUUCUAGCUGGGCGGAUAGGGUGAAGGCAGCAAAGGCAAAGCCAGCAGUGCCUGCAGCAACUGCAGCAGCAACUGCUGCAGCAAAACAGCAGCACCACGAGCAGGAAAGCAAGCAACAGGCGUCUGGCAGGCCAGGCCACAGCCAGCAGCAGCAGCAGCAACCGCAGCAGCAGCAGCAACGGCCGCAGCCACAGUGGCCAGUAAGACGCCAUGCUCCUACGGCAGAUGCAGCGGACAAGCAGCAGCAGAAGCCGCAGCACACCACAGAGUGGGGACGAAGAGCUGCAGCAGCAGCUGCUGCAGCACCUGGAGCUUCAGCACCGGCAGCUGCAGCGCCAACAGCUGCAGCACCAGCAGCAGCUCCAGCAGCACCAGCAGCACCAGCAGCACCAGCAGCACCAGCAGCAGCUCCAGCAGCUGCAGCACCUGCAGCACCCGCAGCAGCACCUGCAGCAACACCGGCUGCCGGACAAGCAGAAGGAGCAGCAGCAACACCUGCAGCAGCAGCACCUGCUGCAGCUGCAACAGAAGCUGUAGAGGCUUCUCCAUCUCCAGCAACUACUGCUGCACCUGCAACUGAAGGUGCAGAUGCAGCAGCAGCAGCAGCAGCAGCAGCAGCAGGUGGCAGUAUGUCGUGGGCGAUGCGUGCGCGCUUAGCUAAGGACCGCCCUGAGCCCGUUAAGCCGCAGCCAUCGCCACCGCAGCAGCAGCAGCAGCAGCAGGCAGCAGCAAAUGCUGGAGAGCAGCAGCAGCAACAGCAGCAGCAGCAGCAUGCAGGAGGCAUGCGCGGAGGCAGAGGAAGGGGAGGGAUUAUAAGGGGCGGCGGGGCCCCCUCUUCUUAUGAUACACAUUGGGGAGACAGAGGCACCAGCAGCAGCAGCGGCCGCGGUGGGGGGCCCCACACCAGAGGCAGAGGGGGCCCCCAUGGUGUACAUGGGCAGCGGAGAGGAGGGUUUAGACAGCCGCAGCAGCAGCACCUGCAGCAGCUACAGCAUCAGCAACAGGAGGUGCCGCAGGAUGCAGCACACACAGAGCAGCAACAGCCUCAGCAGGAGCAGCAGCAGCAACAGCAGCCACAACCGCAGCAGCAGCAGCAGCCGCAGCAGCAGCAGCCGCAGCAGCAGCUGCCGAAACCUACGGGAGCAUGGGCUGCUGGCUCUGCUCCUCUAGGACGCUGGGCUGUACCUCCUCCACGUCCUGCUGCUGCAGAUGCUGCACCAGCAGCAGCAGCAGGUGCUGCAGCAGCGACGCAGCAGCAGCAACAACAACAACAACAGGAGCCUUGUGCAGCUCCUGUGUGGCCUAAGUCUAGACCGAACGUUAGACGACAGCAGCAGCAGCAACAGCAGCCGCAGCAGCAGCAGCAGCAGCAGACUGAUACGCCUCUGUUGCCCGGGCAGUGGCAGCGCUUUGCAUUGCCAGGAGCAAAGAGAGACACGGUGAAGGCUGGUGAGAAGCAGCAGCAACAGCAGCAGCAGCAGCAGCAGCACGAGCAGCAGCAGCAGCACGAGCAGCAGCUGCCGGAGAGCCCAGAUUGGACAGAACCAACGCCGCUGCCAAUGAACAGCAGCGCUGCUGCAUCUAACUUUAUGUCAAGGGAGAAGCAAGCGGCAGCAGCAGCAGCAACAGCAGCAGCAGCAGCAACAGCAGCAGCAGCAGCAGCAACAACACCAGCAGAACCUGCAACAAUUGUUCCUGGUAUGCUACGUGAUGGCUUAGGACUUAACAAGACACCGACACCCCGGCAGCAGCAAGAGAGGCAGCAGCAGCAGCAAGAGCGGCAGCAGCAGCUGGAGAAGCAGCAGCAGCUAGAGAAGCAGCAGCAGCUAGAGAAGCAGCAGCAGCUGGAGAGACAGCAGCAGCUAGAGAAGCAGCAGCAGCUGGAGAGGCAGCAGCAGCUGGAGAGGCAGCAGCAGCUGGAGAAACAGCAGCAGCAGCAAGCAGCAGAGGAGAAGGCUGCUGCUGCUGCUGCUGCUUCUCGUGCUCGGUCGCCACGGCCUAGCGAUAGACUAACGGUGCAAGGAGCAGCAGCAGCAGCAACAGCAGCAGCAGGAGGAGCACAGCGUUCUCGUUCUCCUGUUAGCAGCAGCAGAAAGGGACGUUCGUCUCCUGCAGUGUCCCCUAAACCCCCUACAACUAGGGGAGACAGCAGCAGACCAGCAGCAGCAACAGCAGCAGCAGCACCAGCUAGCAGCAGCAGCAUGAAGAAGGCAAGCCCACGAGACGCAUGGGGUGAUGACGAGCCUGAGCAGUCAUUCGUGCCUACUGCAGCAGCAGCAGCAGUUACUCCAGCAGCAGUUACUCCAGCAGCAGCAACAACACCAGCGGCACCGGCAACAGCAGCAGCAACAUCAAAAGCAGCAGCAGGAGCAACAGCAGCAGGAGCAGCAACAGCAUCUACUGCAGGAUCAUUAUCCGGUGUAAAGGGUUCUCCUGCAGCAGAAAGAGCAAUAGCAGCAGCAGCAGCAGAAGCAGCAGCAGCAGUAGCAGCAACAGCAGCUGCAGCUGCAGCAGCAACAGCAGCAGCAGCAGCAGCAGCAAAAGUAUAUUCUAUUGGAUUCUUAGCCAAAAUAAGAGAACACCCUAAUUGUAGACCCUUAAAGGUCGACGGUUUGCUGCACCUAAGGGAGGGAAACUUUUAUUUACCCCAAGCAGCACCAACAGGAGGAGCAGCAGCACAGCAGCAGCAGCAGCAGCAGCAGCAGCAGCAUAAUCAUCAACAACAUGGUAGAAUUAGACAGCAGCAGCAGCAGCAGCAGCAGCAGCAAUUAGAUCAUAAUGAAUGGCAAAGGAAGCCAAGAGAUACAAAUCAGCAUGAUGAUACAAUGAAGAGCUUUGCUGCACUCAGGUAG